UUUUCUCUUUUCCUUCUGGUAGCUGGAUUCCAGAUGUUGAUACCACAACAUUUGCCACAACUCCUGUAGAGAAGAUGGUCUGGUAGAUCUCAAGAUGGCAGCUCAGAGGAUCCGUGCUGCUAAUGCCAGUGGGCUCCCACGAUGCAAGUCUGAGGGGACGCUGAUUGACCUGAGUGAUGACUUUUCAGAAACCAGCUUCAAUUCUGUCAAAGUGCCUUCUCCUAGUGCCUUGAUGGGAGACAAUCCUACAUCAUUUGGGAAUGCAAAGGAAGUUGUAGCAAUUAAAGACUACUGCCCCAAUAACUUUACAACCUUGAAGUUCUCCAAGGGCGAUCACCUCUACGUCUUAGAUACCUCAGGAGGCGAGUGGUGGUAUGCUCACAAUACCACAGAGAUGGGCUACAUCCCGUCCUCCUAUGUCCAGCCUGUAAACUACCGGAACUCUUCAUUAACAGACAGCGGAAUGAUAGACAAUCUCCUUGAAAUCUCUGAUGAGGGAGCUAAGGAACUUGAUCUGCUUGGAGACUGGAAGGACAUAAAGUGGAGCGUAGCAAAAAAUAACCCUUUCUUGAAUACUGUCCAGACCAACCCUUUUAUGAAUGGGAAUCUACAGGUAGCUCCUGACAGGACCAGGGAGCAUUCUUCCCAAGCCUCGGUGCUGCUUAUUGACACGGGGGUGCCUGCGUUUACAGAGUCCAGUUCCGGCACUAACAGCAGUGUUGGCAACCAUCUUGAUGAGGUCCCUUCAAUGAAUGGAUUUGAAUUUGAGCAGCCGAGCAGGCACGACAACCCUUUUUUCAGAAGCAAGCGUUCAUACAGUUUGUCAGAGCUCUCCGUGCUACAAGCAAAAUCAGAAAACCCAGCAUCGUCAAACUUUUUCAGUGGGCUGAAAUCUCCUACUCCUGAGCAAUUCCAAAGCAGGGAAGAUUUUAGAACUGCGUGGUUAAACCAUCGGAAGCUGGCAAGAUCUUGCCAUAAUUUGGAUCUGCUAGGCCAGAACCUCGGUUGGGGUCAGACGCAACCCGUGGAGACCAAUAUAGUUUGCAAGCUGGAUUGCUCCGGGGGAGCAGUUCAGCUUCCAGACACAAAUAUUAAUAUUCAGGUUCCAGAGGGACAUGUAGCCAUUGGAGAUACUCAACAAAUCUCCAUGAAAGCUCUAUUGGAUCCACCACUGGAGCUCAACAGUGACAAAUGCAGUACUAUAAGUCCUGUAAUAGAGAUUAAGCUGAGCAACAUGGAAGUCAGAACCCCAAUUGUCUUGGAAAUGAAAGUAUCAGCAGAAGUUAAGAACGACUUAGUGAGCAGGAGUUUAGUAGGAGUGCAGAGCCUGCGGAGUGACAUCAAGGACGGCCCCUAUGUGCCAGUGCAACUAAGCUGUUGCUAUGGUGACACAAUACGGGUCCAGCUGGAGCACCUGGAGCCCUGUAUGUAUAUAGCUGUUGUAGCCCAAGGGCAGAAUAUUCUGUAUCCUUACACUGUUUGGGAUUACAUCAGUAAAAGAAUCACAGUUGGGGUCUAUGGUCCAAAGCAUAUUCAUCCUUCUUUCAAAACGGUGGUUGCCAUCUUUGGACAUGAUUGUGCCCCAAAGACACUCUUAGUGACUGAAGUUACGCGGCAAGCACACUCUACAGGACCUGUAGCCCUGCAGUUGUGGGGCAAGCACCAGUUCACCCUAGCGAGGCCAGAAGACCUAAAGAUUUGUAUGUUUUCCAACAUGACGAAUUAUGAGGUAAGAGCCAGUGAGCAGGCCAAAAUGAUAAGAGGCUUCCAAAUGAAGCUAGGGAAAGUCAGCCGCCUCAUCUUCCCCAUCAUGUCACAUGACCCUAACGAGCUCUCUGAUUUCACAUUGAGAAUACAAGUCAAGGAUGACAAGGAAACCCUGCUGACUCAGUUCUGUGUCCAAACACCACAGCCCCCUCCAAAAAGCACAGUCAGGUCUACCGGACACAGGCGGUUCUUGAAGAAGAAUGAGGUGGGGAAAAUAAUAUUGUCUCCUCUUGCCACCACCAGCAAAUACCCAGUUUUCCAGGAUCGGCCAGUGACAAGCUUAAAAUAUGGGAAACUGCUAAAAACGGUGGUGCGGCAAAAUAAGAACCAUUACCUCUUGGAAUAUAAGAAAGGGGAUGCCAUUGGCUUGCUAAGUGAAGAGAAAAUCAAACUGAAAGGGCAGCUCUGGACAAAGGAAUGGUAUAUUGGUUACUAUCAGGGUAAAAUUGGCCUUGUCCAUACCAAAAACGUUUUAGUUGUUGGGAAAACAAAGCCAAAUAAUUUCUGUGGACCUGAGCUGACCACUGGUAUGUUGCUCGAUCAGAUCUUGAGGCCUUGUAAGUUCCUCACCUACAUAUAUGCCUCAGUUAGGACUUUGCUGAUGGAAAACAUUAGCAGCUGGCGCUCAUUUGCGGACGCUUUGGGGUAUGGCAGCUUGCCACUGACUUUCUUCUGCCGUGCGGAACUGGACAGUGAGCCAGAAUGUGUGGCUUCUGUGCUGGAGAAACUGAAAGAAGACUGCAACAAUUCAGACAAUAAGGAUAGGAAAUCUUUCCAGAAGGAGCUGAUGUCAGCCUUGCUAAAAAUGGACUGCCAGGGCUUGGUGGUCAGGUUAAUUCAGGACUUUGUGCUUCUGACUACGGCUGUAGAAGUGGCCCAGCGCUGGAGAGAGCUUGCUGAGAAAUUGGCCAAGGUUUCCAAGCAACAGAUGGAUGCCUAUGAAGCCCCCCACCGAGACAAGAAUGGUGCUGUGGAUAGUGAGGCAAUGUGGAAACCAGCCUAUGACUUUAUGCUGACAUGGAGCAACCAGAUGGGAGACAGCUACCGUGACGUUACUCAAGAGCUUCACACAGGUCUGGAUAAAAUGAAGAAUCCAAUCACGAAGCGCUGGAAGCAUCUCACAGGAACACUAAUCUUAGUCAAUACCUUGGAUAUACUACGAGCAGCUGCCUUUAGUCCUCAAGAAAGCGAGGACUGUGCCAUCUGAUGGGGCACCAGAGAUCUCAUCCAAACUGGAUGCUGCUUAACUCAUAGUGUGCGAGAGGCUGAAACAGGUCCGCAGAAGCCAAAGUUUGGGGGACAGGGGUUUUCAGGGCUUGGAGUGCAAACUUCUUAACGUUUUAUCUCCCCUUGGUAAGAAGACACCCAAGACUACAAUGUGUUCUAUGCUUUGUGGUUGAAAGCUCUUUAUUUGUUAACUUUUAAAAAAUGAAACGUUAAAAUUUUUUUUGCAAAUCUCGGACUUCUUAAGAACAGCAGAAAGUCACUUUAGGGAGGAGUUAAUAUUCUUAUGUGAGUGACAUGAAGAACACUUCAGUCCUUUUUUAAAAAAUCAUCACUUUGAAGAUGGUGGAUCAUAUCAGUACAAAGCAUACAGCCAGAUGCCUCUGCGAAGUCUGAAGUUCUAAAGUGUGGCUCUGCUGAUUGUUUAUAAAUCAAUGUGUUUAAUUUUACCAGUUCCUGUAACCCUACAAGUGUUAUUGCAGUCUUCAGAAAUUGUUCUUUGUAAAGCAGAAAAUACACCGUUCCCCCCCCCAGUUAACUAAUUUUUGUAACUCAAAAGUUAGCACUGCAUCUUAAUGUUCCAGCACAAGGUGUGCUCCACUUCUCUCUGCUUCAUAUCACAGUGAGACAGAAGCAGAAAUUAAUUCAGGUUAUGAGACUUGCCCCCUCUCCUUAAUGAAUAAUGGAUGCCAAUGAAAGUUCAAAACCAACAUUUUUCACUUUGUUUUGUUCUGAAUCAGGAGUGUUCGCUAGCUGCCACUUGAAAUGACCCUCUUCAGAAAUUUACAUUUUCUGGAUGUCUUUUUAAAAAAAUUGGGGAAAUGGUUGUUCCCUGGUUUGUUCCAAAUUGUGCUAAGGUGAAGGUUUGGGCUUAGUUCUAGCGUGCUGCUAAAUUGUUGCCUGGGCCAAACGAUGUUAGACUUCAGGUGGGGAUUUGCAUCACAGAACACAAAACAAUCUCAUUUUCUGUGUGUAUGGAGCUACCAGGGAGGAGGCUGGAAUCCCACUCACUGACUUGUAGUUUUCUAUCUGUUUUGGAGGGGGAAGACUGUCCAUCAUGUGAACCCUCUCCUGCAAUCUGAAGUUGGGUGGCCUAGUCAAACUCACAUCUGAUGAGGAACCCAUUUGAUCAAUAAAAAUGCCUCCUUCUACAUCAUUCUGUCAUGACACUCCAAGGGUACAGUUCCCUUGCACAUGACUAUUUCUAGGAUGUUUAUUAUAUGUGGAACAUGAUAUAUAAUGCUAUGUUGGAACUGAAGUAGCACAACCUUUCUGGUCUCAUGUCAUUGAAAGUUAUCCAGAAAAGAAGCAUAGUACUACCUUCAAACUAGCCCUACGUCUACCUUUCGUGUCAAAAGAUUCCUUUUGUGUGUGUGUUUAUGUGGGGGCUUUCCCAAAAGAGAACGACUCUCUUCAGAUUAAGAUACAUUUAUUAAUCUCACAAACUGUGAGGGUGCUAUUAACAUAUUGUGUAUGAAAAGUUUUCUUUUUUCCGUCAAGGUUUGUGGGAAGGUGGGACUUGCUUCUGUGACUGCAUUUACUAGAUCUUACUGAGUAUCUGUGUGGUGUGGGGAAAUCAGUGGGACUUGCAAGCUAACUCACACACAGCUGUACGUGGAGUAGGAUGGGUAGGCCGUCCCCCUUCCGCCUGCCCUGCAGUUGACUUUCAAGUUCCACCUCAGGCAUCUGAGACUACAGUAAAAUGUCCCAUAACAAAAUAAGCUAUCCCACCUGGAGGCAAAUUACCUGGAUCCAGAAAUCAUUGUAAGUGGAAUGACUGAGUGGUCAGUGUUCAUGAGACUAUUUACAAACACUUCACAUCUUUCCAAAGUAAUACUAAACCCACCUAACGGGACAAUUUUAGCUCCUUUCUAAGUCACAGCUGUCGCUGUAGGUGUGGUUUAGAUUUGCCUUUUGGGCCAGGCUGACUUUUCAGGCAGUUGUCUCAAUGAAGUAUGACUUUGCUGUCAGCAGUUCCAGAAUUUUGUGAAAUCAGAAUCUGGCAUGUUAGAAAGAAACUUCUGUCGUUUUCCACAUGUGUCGAUUACCAGAGAGUGCCUGGAAUGCUUUUUUUAGCUAGCUUUCCUCCCAAAUGGCUUUUCAGUCCUCAAACUGGGUUCUGUCCAAUAAAAAGCAUUUUAGUUUUGGAUUUUUCGGAAGCUUUUUGUAUAAUUUCCCCCCCUUAUUUGGUUAGCAGUAUUUGCAUCAUGUACCAUUGGAACAAAGGGGUUUUUUCCUCUUUCCAUGCCAAAUCCGAAUCUACACCUCACAUAGAAUAAGAAAUUGGGAAAGAAGACCCUUUUGCACCUUCUGAAAUAAAUCUUGCAGGCUGAAACCCAGGACUGUUACAGCAGCUUUGAGUAAUUUUUUGUUUAACUUUUUACAUUUUGGCUGUGAGUGCUUCUCUUUCAUAAAAAUAUUUUGCAGAACUGAAAAUGAUCCAUGAGUGGUGACUCCACAUCUGUAUGCACACCUGACAGGAUGUCUUACAUAGGGCUUGUGUGCAGAUCCAUGAAUUGAUCAAAGAGUUCAGACACAUGCUAGAAUGCGCACAUUCUGUUUGGUUGUGGGCCACCCUAUUCUACCAAGUCAGCCUCACGAUGCUUGUGGAUCUUCUGUUUAGUUUCUGCUGGGGAUCUUGGCACAAGGAACCAGGUCUGGUCUGGAUUUAAUCACAGAACCUGAAUGUUAUGAGUGUAAGAGCUGGAUCACUCAAUUAGAAACAAAUUUUUCCUUAAUUUAUAAGAGUUUUGUGGGCUGGGAGUUCCAAUUCCUGGAACUAGACUUAAAAUUUCACAGUAUAUGGAGGGAAGGGGUUGGUAUGCCUUGUUUCUGCCAUUUUUUUCUAACUACCUCAAGGGUCGCUCACCUAUUAUUCAUGCUUUGGCAAAGACUAGAAGCUCCCUUAGAUGUCUUCACUCCUUCCAUGGAGAGAGACCCAUUGAAUCACAUCAGCCACUUUUCUAGAUCAGUUGGAGAAGUGAUUUGUUUUGUUUGAACUCAACAGCCAGCUCCCAGGGCACAGUCUCUUGCCAAAUGCCUUUGACUCAAAGUAUGCCUUUACAAGCCUGCUUUGGAUUUUAAAUGAAUACACUGUACAGUAGUUGGUUUAUUGUGCAAUUUUUUUUAAAAAAGUCAUCAAACAAUAUGAUUAAAGCAGAUGUUUGAAUAUUA